CGUGCGGGCUUCGCUCUGGGCCGGCCGCGGCGCCGCGGCCCUGCCCUCUAGCUCCCGCGCUCGCUCCCGCCCUCCCGGAGCUCCGGGCGCUGCGCGCGAGCCCGGCCCGGGGCAGGGCGGACAUGGGCGCCAAGCAGAGCGGCCCGGCCGCUGCUAACGGCCGCACCCGCGCGUACUCUGGCUCGGAUUUACCUUCCAGUAGCAGCGGAGGAGCCAAUGGAACCGCGGGCGGCGGCGGCGGGGCGCGGGCCGCGGCCGCUGGGAGGUUUCCGGCUCAGGUGCCCGGCGCGCACCAGCCCAGCGCCUCCGGCGGCGCCGCGGCGGCCUCAGCGGCCCCGCGCAGCCGCUCCGUCGGCGGGGCCGUGGGGACCGUGGCAUCCGGGGCUCGCGCCGCGCAGUCCUCCUUCAGCAUCCCCAACAGCAGCAGUGGCCAGUACGGCUCGCAGGACUCGGUGCACAGCAGCCCGGAGGACGGCGGCGGAGGCGGCGGCGGUGGCGGCGGCGGCGGCCGGGACCGGCCGGCGGGCGGGGGCCCAGGCGGGCCGCGCCUGGUGAUCGGCUCUUUACCAGCUCACCUCUCGCCGCACAUGUUUGGAGGAUUUAAGUGCCCUGUAUGCUCAAAAUUUGUACCCUCUGAUGAAAUGGAUUUGCAUCUUGUGAUGUGUUUAACAAAGCCAAGAAUAACCUAUAAUGAGGAUGUCCUGAGUAAAGAUGCUGGGGAAUGUGCAAUAUGCCUUGAAGAAUUGCAGCAGGGAGAUACGAUAGCACGACUGCCUUGUCUAUGCAUAUAUCAUAAAGGCUGCAUAGAUGAAUGGUUUGAAGUAAAUAGAUCUUGCCCUGAGCACCCUUCAGAUUAAGCAUCAGCUUCCUGUUUUGUAGGUUUUCUUCUAUUUUCAAGAUGCUUGAAAAACCAAGAGGAUGUGAGGAUCUGUCUCUGGAAAAACAAAAAAACACAGGCAUUACUCAGCCAGAAAUCUGAGAUCUGUGAGACUCAGUCAGUGCAGAGAUGGACAAUCAUACAGGGAAAAGAAUCCUGCUGGAGCAAGGACAUUUGCCACAGAACUCUGUGUACCAAACAUGCACAUAAGGACACACAGGGAUUUUGAAAAUGCUGCACAUCCCUUACUAGUCAUCCACGUAGGUAAUACUGGUAAACAUUCUGUAUGCAGAAGCCAAAGUAACUGAUUUAAAAGUUGAUUUACUUUUUUUUAAGUUCUCUAGAGCUGCACAACUAGUAUUUUGAUUUGUUUUGUUUUUUAGUUUGGGGUUUCUUUAUUUUCCCCAACAUGAUGUUUCUGCUUUCAUCUAUUCUUAAAUUGAAGAUCAUAUAAUUUAAUUCUUAUAAAUUAAAGUCUUAAAUGUGAAACCAAGAAAUGUAAUCAAGCAGUAAAACAUUCUCUGAAUGUAGACCAUGAUCUCAAGUUCUUCCAUUUUUUUUCCAACAGUGGAAAGUCGAUUUUUACAUAGGAAAGCUAAACUAUGUUAGUAUUUUAAAUUAAAGGUUUAGCAUUAUCAGAAUGCAGUCCAGAGUAAAUCAGGUUACAUAAUUACAUUUUAAUUAAUUAAAUCUAGGAUUGUCCACUGAAUUACAAUUCCUUAAGUAUAUUGUUUCCUCUUAAAUAAACUGCUCAACAGUUAAUCAGCAAUGAGUCAUCUUGCAGCUAUGCAACUUUAAAAAAAAUACGAAUUACCAAUUUUAAGUGCUGCCAGCUACAAUAACUUUGUUUUAACGGGUAUUUUUGUUUGUUCUUUUCAUGUAAUUAUUUUAUUGUGCUUUGCGUCUCCAGGCAAUUUCCCACAUGUGGGUAAAAUGCUUUAGCAGGUUGUAAACUUAAUAACUUAUGAAAAGGGUAAAAUAAAAUUUUCUUGAAUGGAACUUGGAAUCAUUUGAGGGACUUUUAUAUACUUUUAAAAAUCAGAAUUUAAUUAGGAUGCCAGAUUUAUAGUAACUCGCAUCUUUAAUUUUCCAGAUAAUCUGGAGGUUAGCGUUUGAUAAAUGAUUUUUUAAAGCAGAUAUGAAGAUUUUGUUAAUUAUAAUUUAUUGUGUUAUUACUGUAAUUGAAAAUGUUAUAAAACUUUUAAAUUCAGUCUCAUGUAGAAAGAAAUGUAUUAAGCAAAAUUAUGUGAAUAAAUAUUCCCACAAAAUAUAUCUGAAUGGUUAAAAAAUACUGGAAGAGAGCUAUCAGGGCUAUAAUACUGAAUGUCCUCUUUUUUUAACAUCAAAAAUACCAAUAAGUAGAUUCAUGUUUUCAACACAGGGAAUAAUGUUAUCAGUGAACAUUUAAGCAGUGCACUUUACUCAGUAUAAUUGAAAGUUGCAAAGUACUGUUUCCUUAUUUUAAGCUUUCUUUACUACGUGUAUUUAAGUAUUUGCUUUCCUGUUUAAUGCUGCUACUCUUGUUCUCAAAUUUUUUCUCUACUCUAUUGCUUCUGUUUUUGUUUUUGUUUUUUUGUUUUUUUUUUAAAGGGCACGUACAGGAGCAACUGCUGCUACCCGGAAAAAAUUUGUGUGUUAUAAACAAUUAAAAUAGUUUUUAGUUGCUUUCUGUGUGA